UUUGUUUUGUUGUGAUAUGCAUUAACUAAAUCUGUAAUACAAUUUAAUAUUGAGUUAAGUCGGUAUUUAUCUUUAUAUUUAUAUAUGAAAUAUCACGGGCUCCUAGUACUCGCGCUGUGUGGUGCCUGGAUGUUGUACGUCUCUGGCUGGCCAUGCCUCGAUAAAGAUGUUGGCAUCCACAGGUUCGGGGACGAGUGCUCACGAAUAUGUCAUUGUCGGGACAACGAAAAAUGCGGUCAGAACGGGACAUGCCAAAACGGAUGCGCACAAGGGAUGUUCGGACCAGGUUGUCAGUACGUUGAUAUUGCCCGCAAUUUUAAUACAACGGCACGACAUUCAACCAGCCUGAAGCGCUCCAGUCACAAAUACGCCAAAUUGGCCGUUGACUUAAGCAACACAACGUGCAGCUCAACACUGGAAGCAGACUUAGAGACUGGACAACCCUGGUGGAAACUGUGGUUCCCUUACUAUGUCACAUUCACAUAUAACGAGUUUCACGUUGACGUAAAGUAUGCAGCAAAUGUGUCGCAGUACCGCGUAAGUGUUGCAAACCUUACACACGUCUCAGAUAUGGCCAUGUGGUCAAAUGAGAGUCUUUGUUAUGAGACUCAAGGAGACGACCCACCUUUCCCAUCAAGUGGUACCCAUGCCGUCCUGAGAGUGUUCUGUAAGAAACCCGUUGUGGGAAACUCCAUCCGCAUUGAACUGCUGAAAACUCGUACACAGCUUGUUUUAUGUGACGUGUAUGUCAGUCAAGAUAUCGACGAAUGCGCUGUUAGCACUUGUAAGAAUGGAGCCAGGUGCGUCAACUCUAGUGGUGGGUUCAACUGUAUGUGCGCAAUGGGCUGGCAGGGAACAAACUGUGAUGAAGACAUCGACGAAUGCGCUGUUAGCACUUGCAAGAAUAGAGCCAGGUGCGUCAACUCCCGUGGUGGGUACAACUGUAUGUGCGCAACGGGCUGGCAGGGAACCAACUGUGAUGAAGACAUCGACGAAUGCGCUGUUAGCACUUGCAAGAAUGAAGUCAGGUGCAACAACUCCGCUGGUGGGUACAAGUGCACUUGCGCAACGGGCUGGCAGGGAACCAACUGUGAUGAAGACAUCGACGAAUGUGCUGCUAGCACUUGCAAGAAUAGAGCCAGGUGCGACAACACCGCUGGUUGGUACAAAUGUACUUGCGCAACGGGCUGGCAGGGAACCAACUGUGAUGACGACAUCGACGAAUGCGCUGCUAGCACUUGUAAGAAUAGAGCCAGGUGUGACAACUCUGCUGGUGGGUACAAAUGUACGUGCGCAACGGGCUGGCAGGGAAUCAACUGUGAUGACGACAUCGACGAAUGCGCUGCUAGCCCUUGCAAGAAUAGAGCCAGGUGCAACAACUCCGCUGGUGGGUACAAGUGUACGUGCGCAACGGGCUGGCAGGGAACCAACUGUGAUGACGACAUCGACGAAUGCGCUGUUAGCACUUGCAAGAAUAGAGCCAGGUGCGACAACUCCGCUGGUGGGUACAAGUGUACGUGCGCAACGGGCUGGCAGGGAACCAACUGUGAUGACGACAUCGACGAAUGCGCUGCUAGCACUUGUAAGAAUAGAGCCAGGUGUGACAACUCUGCUGGUGGGUACAAAUGUACGUGCGCAACGGGCUGGCAGGAAAUCAACUGUGAUGACGACAUCGACGAAUGCGCUGCUAGCCCUUGCAAGAAUAGAGCCAGGUGCAACAACUCCGCUGGUGGGUACAAGUGUACGUGCGCAACGGGCUGGCAGGGAACCAACUGUGAUGACGACAUCGACGAAUGCGCUGCUAGCCCUUGCAAGAAUAGAGCCAUGUGCGACAACUCCGCUGGUGGGUACAAGUGUACGUGCCGAAGGGGCUGGCAGGGAAUCAACUGUGAUGACGACAUCGACGAAUGCGCAGCUAGCACUUGCAAAAAUAGAGCAAUGUGCGACAACUCCGCUGGUGGGUACAAGUGUACGUGCGCAACGGGCUGGCAGGGAACCAACUGUGAUGACGACAUCGACGAAUGCGCUGCUAGCCCUUGCAAGAAUAGAGCCAGGUGCAACAACUCCGCUGGUGGGUACAAGUGUACGUGCGCAACGGGCUGGCAGGGAACCAACUGUGAAUACGACAUCGACGAAUGUGCUGCUAGCACUUGCAAGAAUAGAGCCAGGUGCGACAACUCUGCUGGUGGGUACAAGUGUACGUGCGCAACGGGCUGGAAGGGAACCAACUGUGAUGACGACUUCGACGAAUGCGCUGUUAGCACUUGCAAGAAUAGAGCCAGGUGCGACAACUCCGCUGGUGGGUACAAGUGUACGUGCCGAAGGGGCUGGCAGGGAAUCAACUGCGAUUACGACAUCGACGAAUGCGCUGCUAGUCCUUGCAAGAAUAGAGCCAGUUGCAACAACUCCGCUGGUGGGUACAAGUGUACUUGCGCAACGGGCUGGCAGGGAACCAACUGUGAUGACGACAUCGACGAAUGUGCUGUUAGCACUUGCAAGAAUGGAGCCAGGUGCGACAACUCCGCUGGUGGGUACACUUGUACUUGCGCAACGGGCUGGCAGGGAACCAACUGUGGUGACGACAUCGACGAAUGCGCAGCUAGCACUUGCAAGAAUAGAGCCAGAUGCGACAACUCCGCUGGUGGGUACAAGUGUACGUGCGCAACGGGCUGGCAGGGAAUCAACUGUGGUGACGACAUCGACGAAUGCGCUGCUAGCACUUGCAAGAAUAGAGCCAGGUGUGACAACUCCGCUGGUGGGUACAAGUGUACGUGCGCAACGGGCUGGCAGGGAAUCAACUGCGAUUACGAUAUCGACGAAUGCGAUGUAAGUACUUGCGAGAAAGGGGCCACGUGCGUCAACUUCCCUGGCGAGUACAGCUGUACGUGCGCACUGGGCUGGCGGGGAAACAACUGUGAUGUCGAAUGUGAACCUCAAAAAUUCGGACAAAACUGUUCUCAGAACUGCAGCCUCAACUGCGAAGGCCUAUGUGAUCAUGUGACUGGACAUUGCUCUUGUAAACCUGGAUAUAGCGGACAAAAUUGCACUGCUGAACUGAGUGAUUUUCCAGUGGAGCUAGUGUCAGGAGGUUCGACCGGGAUGCUUAUUCUCCUGUUUGUGCUAAUUAUUAUAAUAGUUGUAUUGAUAAGAAACAGCAAAGCCAAACGAGAAAACGAACGGUCGAAUGCUGUAACCAACGUUAGUCUACCGAAUAUAAGCAUCGAUGGCAAAUCCCGGCAAGAUACCGCUAAUCAUCCAGAAACUGAGCAAAAUAGUUUGUCAGUAUCGGCGGAGACGCCUUUUGUAACUAUCCUUCAAGAAGCGGUAUACUCGAACAUGCUGGACCUUCCGCCCGUAGAGUCCUCGGGAACCACCAUUGCCCUGACUCAACUCCAGGGUUAUGUGAGGUCAAAAAGCGCGGAUGAGCCAUACUUUGCCUUGGAAUUUAAGAAAAUUCCCUACGGUUUGCAACACCCAAAUACUACUGCAACGGCGACAGUGAAUGCGGGGAAGAACCGAUAUAAAGAUACGUAUGCCUAUGACCACUCUCGUGUGGUGCUUAACACUGUGGAUGGCAAUGAAGGCAGCGAUUACAUCAAUGCUUGCUUCAUCGAGGGUUUCUGCAAGAAGCGAACUUACAUUGCAUCACAAGGCCCAACGGAGGCCAUGAUGGAUGACUUCUGGCGCAUGAUUUGGCAAUAUGACGUUUCUACCGUAGUCAUGGUAACGAACCUCAAAGAAAUGGGAAAAAUAAAAUGUCUGCGGUACUGGCCUCUUGAAGUUGGUUCCCAAAAAGAUUUCCAAGCACUCACAACAACUUUGAUCUUUAAUGAAGAGUUCACAGACUAUACUGUUCGGAAGUUUAAAUUGUCACACAAGGACAAACCAAGUGUCUCGCGUGUGGUAACCCACUUUCAUUAUACGGCAUGGCCCGACAAAGAUGUGCCCGCUAGCACUUCGAGCCUCUUGCACUUCUGGCGUAGGAUCAGGGCCCACGAUCCCGACAAGAAGCAACCUUGGGUCGUUCAUUGCAGCGCCGGUGUUGGCCGUACGGGCACAUUCAUCGCCAUGGACAUAUUGAUAGACGAGGGUCAGGCCAGGCAGACUGUCGAUAUCUACGCCUGUGUGACCAAGUUGAGACAGCAGCGAGUUAACAUGGUUCAAACAGCGGGCCAAUAUAAAUUCUUACACAGACUGAUGGUGGAAUACCUGACUCUUCGCAGUCAGUUCGUGUCAAACAAUGAGUUUGCCAAUUACCAAAACACCCUUCUCCAAGUCGACCAAAAGCAAAACAAAACUGGACUGUUUUUACAAUAUGAGACAGAGGCAUCCUACCACACACUGGAGCUUCCUGGGGCAAACAUCAAAGGUGACGAGGGAGAUCCUUAUUCCGUUGCUAACAUGCCUGAAAACGCGAAGAAAAACAGAUUCAAUGCUAUACUACCGAAUAACCGAUAUCGAGCGAUGUUGACUGUUCCUGUGGACGGAAGAAAUGACUUCAUCAACGCUGUCUUCAUGCCGAGCUACAAGGUGGACAACAAGUACAUCCUUACUCAGAAGCCCCUGUCUAACACUGUGGUGGACUGCUGGAGACUCAUAGAGAGCAGGGACAUCAGUCUGGUGGUGACAUUCCCCGAUGAGGGAAAUGAACAGAACGGUCGAAUGUUUCCUACUACAGGGUCACUCACUGUGGGCCCCUUCAACAUCAUGUUCAUCACGGAACAUCACGAAGAGAACUAUUUUGUUUCAAGAGUCUUCAAAGUUCAAUACAUGAAGAAGGAGAGGACGGUAACGCAGCUGCUGUACCAGAAGUGGCACAGGUGCCAGAUGGCACCGCCAAAUGUCGGUGAAUUUCUGAUGUUAAUGGACGCUGUGGAGAAGAGGACAAAAUCUUCAACAGCAUUGAUACAGUGCUUAGAUGGUGCUACAAGAAGCGGCCUGCUGCUGGUACUGUUGUACGCCACGGAAUGCAUGUCCAAGGAUGGGGAAGUGUCGAUGCCUAUGGUCAUCAGGCAUCUUAGAACGAGGCGUCCGCAGCUCAUACCGAACUUUGAACAGUAUCGUUUUUGCUACAGCUUGCUGACACAGUAUGUAGAAUCCAAUGUGACAUACGCCAACACAUAGCGUCGAGAGAGUAUUGAUCUAUGGGUAGUUACUAAUGAAAUCUGGAAGUUGCGGUUUAUGACAUGAUGCACAUAUUAGAACGUGACAUAUGGCGCUAGAUGUAUAUGUUCAUGAAUAUUGCAAGUUUGCACUUAUUACGAUAUAAAUGAUUCUCAUGUCUCCACAUUAUCCAACUAGAUUGAAAAACAAUAGAUAACAUUUUCAAAAAUACUUUUAAAGUUUGGACCCUUGGUUUGUUUGUAAACAUUAUUUGGCCUACAUACUAUUUAAGACUGCAAUAGAGAAUGUCCUCAUUGAGCUACACAAAUGAUGGAUCCUGGAUUGCAUUUGGACUACCUAGUAUUAAUUCAUGUUUAUUUACAUUAUUGUGAAAUAACUUCUGUGUUUUGAUUUGAUUUUUAUGUUUCAUUUCUUGCAUUAUAUACAGUAUUUCUUUUUAACUUAUAUCAUUGAAUAGUAUACAAUUACCCUUGACACAAACAACUCAAGCUUUUGAUUGUAAACAAAAACAACAUCCAUGUGUGAGAUGACGCAAGAUUGGGGCUAUACAAACAUUCUCUAAUGAUACAACUAUAUGUACGGAAUUUAAAUCACUAUUAUGAUCAGAAAUAUCACGAAGAGUCCAACGGUUUUGGGGAUUUAUAUAAAGUUUAUAUCAAGUUAUAAGAACAUGUUCGGAUAUGUUUGACAAAUUCAACAUCAUUAGGCCACAACAAAUUGAAGAUUUGUUCUACGGAUUUUUGCUUCCCAAAAAUGGAGCGAGCGAGCGAAAUAAAAAUAAAAUUAGUUUUAUUCUUUUUUUGUUAAAUCACAGGCGAGCGAAAAGCGAAAAAUGAUAAAUAAUAUAUUGUCUAUGUAAAUUGAUAAAUUUAUGCCAAAUAAACGCAUGAUAUCUGCACAAUACCAGUACAAGAUCAUUUAGUAGUAAUAAUUGAGUUAAAGCCCUUAUCAAAUGUUCGUAAAACUAAAAAUUGAAAUCUCGAAUAGCUGUUCUUCUUACUCACACCAGGUAGUGAUUACUAAAAUUUAACAUUGUACAUGUAGUUUUCAUGAUCAAAGUUAUAUAAGAAGCUCAGUUGUAUGUCAAUGAUGGUUUAAUAACAUGAAACAAUAAAUAAUACAAUAAAUAUAAAGCAUAAGCAGUGAUUUUUCUUCGCGUCAUACUUUACAGCUUGUGCCUUUUUCAUUGAGUAGAAAGUGCGUUACACCAUGGGAAAAUUGAAUCAUUAUUAUUAUAAUUAUAGAUAACAGUAUACCAAUUGUUAAUAAGUGCAUGUUUAACUGCUUUCUCAAAUUUAUAUCAUAAAGUGCUAGGGCAUUAAACUACUGUAUGAUAAACUCAAUAAACCAAUUUAGUUAAUUUAAGCAGUUUGACCUAUAUUUUCGGAAAUUUUGGCGAGACCUUUUUAAAAAAGAUGUUACAUUUUCCAUUGGGAAACAGCUUUGUUUACAUUUUUCAAUUUGGAUACAGCUUGUAAGAGGCUGUAAUUUUGGGCAAAAAACACUGAUACGAAAUAUCUCGAAUUUGUAUUAGUUCUAAAUAUCACAUGUUAUGGUAGUAUACAAUACUCGAUGCAUUACUUUUGUUAGUUUAGCACUGUUAAAAUUAGAAAUGUGAAGUUAAAGUUUUGUAAAGUAAAAACAAAUAACUACCUAAUGGAAUUAAAUAAGAAAUGGGUAGUAAAAGUUUUGUAUUUUAUUAUAAAAAGUCAAUCAAAUCCCAGUAAAGGUGUUUAGGUCCAGAAAGUUUCUUAACUUUCUUACUUAUGUCAAAUUCAUGUUUUUGGGGCAAAAUGUACAUCUCGGAUUUAGCCAUCAACAGUUUGAACUAGUAGAUAAGCGGCUCGUACAAUUUAUAUUAUACUCGACAUCUUUGUGUCCAGUUCAACAGCGACACUCGUUUGAAUGUUAUUUUUUUAAUAUUUUAACUUAAUCAAUACCAAUAAGUUUAUUGCAGAUUUUGACGCAUACCGGCGAUAUUUCACAUCCUGAUGUAGAUGCGGUUGAAAUAUAAAAUUACUUAAAUCAUCUGUGAUGCAAAUAACAUUUCCAUUUGUGUCUUUGGUCGACAUGAUAAGACAGAAGGACGCUGCCAUUUGUUUUUACCAUAUACCAAUCUAAUAACGCAAAGCGUUAUAACAGUCUUUGUCGUAAAAUACGUAGGCUAAAUUAAGCUAAAUCAUUUAGUAAAUAGGUGCGCAGCAAAUUUGUUGCUGCGGGCGCAUAAUACAAAUAAAACUAUUUUUAUUUCGUUUUAAGAUUUUUAGAUGCGGCAAAUCCAUCGAACAUUUAAUCAAUUUGUUGUGGCCUUAAGGCACUUUACAAUGCGGUCUACUGGCAUUCAGAGUUAGGUUUAGUGUACCGUUUUCAUACAACAUAUACACACCAACUUGGUAUUUAGAUGGUGCACAUGACGUAAAUGAACUAAGCAUAUUUGCAAAUAAUAUUUCGUUAAUAUUAAAUGUUCAUAUUAAGUAAUCAGUUGACAUUGCAAAGAUUAUCAAAAAGUGUGUUUUAAACAACGCAUAGUGUUCACAAAAUAAAACAUGUCGUUAAAGGUUGUUCAUAUUCCCAUGGAGUCAAAAUUGGCCACCUUUCGGUGGUCUCGUGGUAUGUAGCAUCUUUUUUGUGCCAUUUUCAAUGAGUUGCGGGCAAAUAAUUCCCCUUGCAACAUAAAUAUCAAACACGGGGACACACGUGAUUUAUAUGAAUCUGAUCAUCAAACUUAUUUCAGCUAUCGAGAAACAUUUGCUUGUUGUUUUUGUUUUUGUGUUCAUCCACUGCGCUUGAGCAAAUUUGGUGUACAAUAUUCAACUUGAUUUUGUAUAAAUGGAUAAGAGUUUUUAUUUAUGAUUUUAUAUUGUGCUUUUAUUUGCUUCAGUUAUAUUUCUGCUGAUCUGGCUUGCAUCUAUCCAUUUAUUGGUCAAAUGGCAAUUGACUUGAAAUGUAUUCUCUUUUACUGCUAUGAAAUUUGAAUUGUGAUUGUAUGAGGUUAACUGUUAUGUUUAUGUUAAUGUUUUGCAAAUAACUCUGGGCUAACUAUUAGUUUUCGCGCUCAUUUAAAUCGGUUUGAAAACACAAUGCUUCGAAUUGACCGCUCCAAUGCGGGGAUCCCGUUAUUAGAAUAAAUAAUGGACCACAUGCUAUGAUAAGAUAUUUUCCUUCUGGUGCAGCUGAAGUUAUAGUUUGUAUAUAUUUCAACCAAAAUAAAAUAUUAUAAAGGAAUGCGGUUGAAUCCACUUUCGAAGCCCUUUAAUAUGCAUUUGAAUUUCAAAUAUAUGAACUUGUUUAAUGUGUAAUGUAUAUUUUAUUAUUUGCUUUCUCAAAAUAAAUUUUUCUCACA